AUGCCAUCUCCUCUUGAAACUGACACCCGUAAGGGUUUAUCUGCUGAGGCCAACCAGUCCAACAAAAUUACAAAAAUCGAGACAUUCAGGGUCCCACCCCGCUGGUUGUUUAUUCGAGUCGAAACUGAACAAGGCAUCGUGGGAUGGGGUGAAGCAACCUUAGAGGGCCAUGGAGAAGCUGUUGAGGGCGCUAUUGAGGACUUCAAGGAACGUUUUAUUGGCUGGGAAGCGUCGAACAUUGAAGAUAUUUGUAAGUGUUCUUAUUAUCUUAACCCAUUAUAA